AGGGUCUCACACAGGACCAAGCAGGAGCAGGACCUCAGUAUUUUUACUUUUUAUUACAAAUGGAGAAACAUGAAGAUGUUCAAUACUGUUUUCAAGACGGAAACUCUUCUUGCAGAAAGGCUUUGCUAUCGACAUCUAUCCACAUAACACUGUACAUCUUCUUCUCAUUGAUUUCAGCAGUUACAGUAUUUUUGAACCUACUGGUGAUCAUCUCCAUCUCUCACUUCAAGCAGCUCCACACUCCAACCAACCUGCUCAUUCUCUCUCUGGCUGCGUCAGAUCUCCUGGUUGGACUGAUUGUGAUACCAGUAACGACUGUAGCAAUAUUGGAACCGUGCUGGGGUUUUGGGGAAUAUUUCUGUGCGUUUCAAUUCUUCAUUACUUAUUUAUGUACUUCUUUAUCUCUGGGUAAUUUGGUCUUGAUAUCUAUUGACCGCUAUGUUGCUGUGUGUGAUCCCUUAUUGUACCACUCUAAAAUAACAAUAACAGGAACUAUCUGUUGUAUAUCCAUUACCUGGUCUUGUUGUAUCAUAUACGAUGCUGUUAUUAUACAAAACUUUGUAAAUGUGCAGACACCCAGUAGGUGUUUAACAGAAUGUGUUGUUGUUGAAGGAAUAACAUGGGUUAAUAUAAUUUCCAUUGUUUUUAUAAUGGUUGUCCCGUGCUCUAUUAUUAUAACACUUUAUAUGAACAUCUUUGUGGUGGCCACAUCACAGGCCAGAAAGGUAUUUUCAAAAGAGACCAACAGUGAGUCUGGUGUUAAAACUGUACAGGCAAAUAAGUCUGAGAGAAAAGCAGCAAAAACUCUAUCUAUUGUUGUUUUCACAUAUCUCCUUUCUUGGAUUCCAUCUCUAUUUAUUUACUUAGUUUUUGCUGUUACAGGUGAUCAUUUAAUAUCAUAUUUCACUAGUUACCUGGCACUUUUUAAUUCCUUAAUUAAUCCAAUAAUUUAUGCUUUUUUUUAUCCAUGGUUCAAAGUGACAGCUAAACUUAUUUUAACUUUGAAGAUAACACGUUUAUAGUUCCUAUAAUAUGAUUCCCUAGUUCGGCAAACAUGGGUUUGAUAUAGUUUUGUUCUACAAUUGUCGUAAUUAUUUCAUGUUACAAUACACUGACAUAACAUCUCAGUGUUGUCGUCAUAGAUACAAGUGGUGUUGAUACAGAAUGAUUGUCUGGACUGGAAUGGAAUGACUUGGAAAAGUUAUAAGAAUGUAUAAGCUUGAUUUAUAAAAAGACAUUGUAGUCAUUGUGGAUUGUGUACUCCAAAUACAUAAGGCUGUGGUUGUUCCAUGUUAAUGAUAAAUAGUACGUAAGUGUUCUUAUACAACA